CCUUCUCAUCCAUCCCUGAAUUAUACUAUACUUAAACCCUUUGUCGACUCAAACCCAUCUAGAUUUAUUUUGGGUCCUUCUCUUAUAAAAGUGCCAUCCCUUGUCGACUCGCCCUUUUCUGGCGACGGUCUUUCCCUGAGAAAAGCUAUUCAUCUUUAGUCUUGGUACUCUUCUGCUUCAACAGGGAAGAGUUUUCGAACCUGGCCAAGUAUCUCAGAGGCAUAUUUAACUUGGUUAGAUCGAGUAGAAGCCGCCUUUAGUGACUUUUGGCGAGAGGUUGGGAUAUAUGAAGCUAUCCAACUGUCUCGGCAUCCUCCUAUUGCCGAUAAUCUUCUUCUAGCCGCCGCUCUGUGUUUUUGGUCCCCUGCUUCUAAUGUUUUUCUUUUCAAAAGAGGAUCUCUUACCCCCACUCUUUUUGACGUGGCCGCCAUUACUGGCUUGCGCCCCCAUGGCGUUACUGUUUCUAUGUCUUAUAAUCCUGACGGCGUUUCUGAUUUUGAGGAUCGUUUAGACCUCAAUGACUUGGCUUACUCCAAGUUUAUCUGCAAAUUCGCAGGUGAAUCCCCUGCUCCCGUUACUAAGAAAGAACAUACGACAUUCCUCCUUUAUUGGUUAUGUCAUAAUUUUUUCUGUACUCGUUCACAGAAGAUCAAUCGUGACUUUGUUCCAAUCGCCGUUGGUUUGUCUAACGGCGAUAGAUUAGCUCUAGGGCCUUACUUUCUUGCCUUUGUCUAUAGAGAAAUUUUUGAUUCUAUCAAAAUAUUGCCUUCUGGAGAUGGUAUUGUCAUCAGUUCUGGCUGCGGUGUUUUCUGGUUUUUCUUCAAAUGUUUUUGCAAUUCUAUAUUCCCGCUUUAUGUCAAUCUCCUUUUAAUCCGACUUCGAUUGCCCAAUUUGAUUCUUAUGGGUUAGCUCUCGGCUGUCCACAGCCGAUGACUCCGGGUCAACCUUCUGACUUUCUUACUUAUUUUAAAACUUUUUAUGAGCCGAGUCCUGAAUCGGCUAUUUCUUGGGCUCCCUUUGCUGACCGUCUUACCGGUUCUUCCUGGUUCCUUGUCCGGUUUGAAGCUAUCCAAGGUGAAUUGACCUCUUCUCGUGCUAGUGAGUACUCAGAGGUCUGGUACUCUUAUUUGGCUCCGAGAGAUCUUCAUGUGGGGUUAAAAUAGUGCUCAAAACUAUUACCAAGCACUGAAGUUUAUUCCUCUCAGUAUGUGGCCCGCCAGUUUGGAUUUGUUUAGCCGAUUCCUGCCCCAUCUAAAUUUUUUACAACUAAUACAGCCGAUCAUCGGCCCCUUACUAAAGGUAUAGCCGAAGCUGAUAAGAUUUCGGCUAUGGAAAAUCGCCUUCGUCGAUUCUUUAAAUUAGUGAGCUUCAGGCCGAACUACACAGGAGUCGCUCUUGCCGGCUAUGCUACUAUUUGGGAUCAUUUUACUGACCGUACUCUCGACCUUUUUCUUCUUCGGGCAUUCCGUAGAACUAUUCAUCCACUUGUUUCAGUUGAUACUCCUGUCUCAUCAUCAAGAGAAGAAAUAGAAGAAGCUUCUGAGUCAAUUCCAGUUUCUCCAUCGGUCCCAGCUUCAGAAAAAAGAUCGAGUGAGACCGCUCAAUCUACUCCUCCGCCGCCUCCAAAGCGGUGUAAAUCAGUUGCUAAAAGGUCCUAUUCUACAAAUGCCGAAGGUAUUUCUUUGGCUGAUGUAUCAAAGAAAAAAGCUGAAGAAACGCCUUCGGCUCUUAUUCCCGAAGAAACGCCUUCGGUUGAUGCCUCCAAACAAGACUCAGUUCCCAAUGAGCCCAUUGAGAUUGAGGCGCAAAUGGAUAGACAGCUUCGCAGGGAAGCUCGUCUUGAAAAGAAACGAGGUAUGGAGAAGAAGAAGAAAUCCGUUGCAGAAGCGAUCACGAUGCCAUCACCAGGUGAAACUACAUUACCUCUUUCUGCCCCAACCCCAAUUAUAAGGGAUGACAAAGCAAAUGUACCUCUCGAGCAAGGUUCUGGAGAAGCACAAGGCUCUGGAGAAGCAAGCACCAUACCUCCUCCUCCAACUCAUGAGACUUCCCCUUAUGCUCCUGAGGAUCCUCUAGCUGCUACUCUUCAUUCUCUACUGGUUUCAAGUCCCAAUUCCAAUGAGGGAGAUAAUUCUUCGACCAUUAUCGCCUCAUCAGACACUCAACGCAAAUUUGAUGAGUGUCUUAAAAUAUAUAACAAUGGUCUUCCCUGUUUAGCUCAAAAUCCGGAGCUGUUUGAUCGGCUGUACGCUCUCUUACUUGCUCUGGCCGAUAAGUAAGAUAUAGCCUCUAGUAUCAAAUGUUUUGUAGAGACUCUGUCAUCUCAGCUUUCUUCUUUCUUAUCUCGGCAACAAUGCUUAGGAGCCAAGCUUUUAACUACGAGUCAACAUUUUCAUCGAGUUGAUCACUAUAAGAACAUUAUUUCUGAGGUAGCUGCCCCUAUUACUGAAGUGAAUCAUGAAGAUCAGGCUUUGGCCAAUGAAGAAUUGGCUCUACAACAGCAGAUUUCAACCCUCAAAGAAGAGUUAGCAGCAGCCGAAACAACUUUAGCCCAAACCUCUGAGCGCCGACUUCAAUUGCAGAACCAAUUAAAGACUAAAAGAGCAGAAGGGAUGAAAAUUCAAGAAGAGCUUUCUCAACUCUACAAGGUGCAUCCCUUGAUGAAGCGCCGAAGAAAAGCUGCCGAAGCUGCUCAAGCCAACCUUGUAGCCGAAUGGAACCAACUCAAAGAUUUAUUAACUUGAUUCGGCUUGUAAUAUUCUAACUUUGAUCUUGGUUUUUCUCCCACAUGGAUGGGUAGUAUUUCCUCAAAUACUUUCCAUUAAUAUGUUUUUCAUUUUCUAAACCAUCUCUGUUCUGCAAGUAAUAUGCAUUUCCUUUUGUGAU